CAGCGUCGUCACAUGACAAUUGUCCGCGCUUUCUUUUUUUUUUCGAAGCUUAAUUACUAGCUUGUAAUACUCAGUGACAGCCUUUCACCCAGUGAGGUCAUCAGUCAGUCAGUCUUAAUGGGGAGUCCUGUCGACUAUCUCAACCGUCUGGUCUCGGCCUUCAGAAAGGAGCCCGAAAAGCCCGCGUUGUCCCCUGGGUCCGCCGCCCUGAUAUCAGUCCUCUUCACCCUCAUCUACAUCCUCCCCUUCUACCUCUCGCCCGCCACCCGGCCCUCGCCCACCCUCUCCCGCGAUGCCCCCUCCUCCAUCCGCGCCCGCAUCCGCGCCGUCUCCCUCUCCUGCCUCGUCGCCUCCCUCGUCACAAUCUACGCUGUCCAGCACUACACCUACGCCCGCCCGCUCGACACACUCAAUCUACUGGGCUGGUGGCCCGUGUCGCUGAAAGACGCCGCGAAGACGCUGCUGCUGACAGCCAUCCUCUUCGCCGGCCCGCUCUUCGAGGCUGGAGUCGUGGAAGGUGGGUGGAGGCGCUGGAUCCGUGGGUGGCCGCUGUAUGAGGCCGUGCUGGCUGAUUGGGUGGGGUGUCGGAAUUACAUUGCUGGCCCCGUCUCCGAAGAACUCAUCUGGCGCUCGCUCAUCAUCCCCCUGCACCUGCUCGGCCACAUCACCCCUCUCCGCACCGUCUUCCUGACGCCGCUCUACUUUGGCAUCGCCCACGUGCACCACUACUACGAGUUCCGCCUCACGAACCCGGGCGUGCCGGCCCUGCCCGCGCUCGCCCGCUCGCUGUUUCAGUUUGCGUAUACUUCGCUGUUUGGCUUCUACGCCGCCUUUGUCUUUUUGCGCACGCGUAGUCUGCUGGGGCUGAUACUUGCGCAUAGCUUUUGUAAUUGGAUGGGGCUUCCGCGGUUUUGGGGCCGUGUGGGCGAGGAUGUGGUGGUGGUGGUAAAUGGGGAGAGGGAGAGGGAGAGAGGGAGGGAGAGCGAGAGGCAGGGACAGCGCCAAUCUGGGGCUACGUCGCGUGGAAAGGUGCAGUAUGCGAGUUUGGGCAUAGGGUGGACGGUGGCGUAUUAUGUGAUACUCGUUGCAGGCGCUGUGGGCUUCUACAAGCAGCUGUUUCCAUUGACGAGCAGUGAGCGAGCCCUUGCGACGUUCGAGUGAGGAGGAGGAGGAGGAUGAGUUGGAGCACAGUGCAGGGUAGAUGGAAGAUCCUGUGUGUCUUGUAUUUGUAUGAAAGGUUUGGACAUAGAUGUGAUAGCACCGGUGUGGCGCACAUGCACGAGCAUAGCAUGCCACCCC